CUCUAAGAAGCUCUACAACACAUCCUCACGACUCCUAUCCAAACGAACAGAGCCUCUACAACCUUUCUACGAACUACUUCAAGGCUAUCAUCACUUCCUAUUAGCGUGCAAUAUGGCGACCGGAAUGCUUGGAGAAGAUGGCAUCCAUAUCGACAUGAACCAUUUGAAGAAGGGCGAAGUGAAUCUAGGAACGUCAAUCAUGGCAAUCAACUUCAAAGAUGGUGUGAUAUUAGGCGCAGACAGUAGAACGACCACGGGCGCAUACAUUGCGAACCGAGUGACGGACAAACUCACACAAGUGCACGACACAAUCUGGUGCUGUCGCUCAGGCUCUGCGGCGGACACCCAGGCCGUGGCCGACAUCGUCCAGUACCAUCUCGGCAUGUACGGCAUCGCAAACGACGAGGCGCCGACGACGCAGACCGCAGCAGCCAUAUUCCAGGAGCUGUGCUAUUCGAACAAGGACCAGCUCUCGGCGGGCAUGAUCAUUGCAGGCUACGAUCACCGACACGGUGGACAGGUUUACUCAAUCCCGCUGGGCGGAUCCCUCCACAAGCAGGCGUACGCGAUCGGCGGUUCCGGAUCAACAUACAUCUACGGCUACUGUGACGCGAACUGGAGGGAGGACAUGGAUGAGGCGGAGGGCAUCAAGUUUGUCCGGGGCGCUCUGCAGGAGGCCAUCAAGUGGGAUGGAAGCUCUGGUGGUGUGAUUCGCAUGGUGGUACUUACGGCUCGAGGGGCACAAAGGCAUUUGUACUUGCCUGACCAGGACUACCAAGGUCCGGGAAGGCAGUAGGAGCGGAAUGGGUAGAGAGAGGGGAGACUUUAUGGGAGGUUAGAAGAUGGCCAGUGGAACUGCCUUCACACAGUUGAGGUGCAGUAUCGUGACCGCGACAACUACCGAAAAUAGAGGGCAGUCGCACGGUCAGGUCUCAUGUAGCAUGAAUGAUGAAGAACAUAUUACAUGAGGUUCCAAGAUUUCAACACCCCACGAUCCAAGGUCCCAAGAUCCAGCAAGAGGAAGAGUGGGAGAGUGGGAGAGAACCGGGAUAUGCAAAGUGAGGCACGGUGGAAGGAGAAGCAAGUGACCAAUUGGCAAUGAUGAUGAUCCGAGCCAGAUCUGGCAACCCACGUUCUACUACCCACGCUUACCCACAUUAUUGAAUC